AUGACGGAUAAAAAAGGCCCCGUUAGGAGGGUGCCUCACGAGAUUUUCCGAGAGGCGUACCAUGAGUUUCGAAAUUCACUUACCGAGAAGGACAAAGCACUCUUCAAGGAAUUUUCCGGUGCAAAGUCAAUGCUGACAACUAUUAAGGAGGAUGCAAAAUCUCACCCUGUGUAUUCCUCAACACUUACCAAAUGCUGCAAAGGAAUCAACAGCAUUGCAAAUCGCUUAUCGCCAUUUUUCGAUAUCGCCGGUCUGUUCGUAUCUUCUCACCCUGAGUUUGCAGCCCUUGCAUGGGGAUCUCUACGAUUAGUCUUUAUUUUAGGCUCUAAUCACGCAAAGUUCUUGGAAAGGGUGUGCGAUAUGUUCGAAAGCAUGAACGUGGUAUUGCCUGCGUACGAGGAAUACGUAUCAAAACUCCGUUCGCGGCUCACUGCAAAUGGCCAUGAAUGCUGUACACGUAUCUUCAAAACUUUAGCAUACAUACAAGCCGAUCUCAUUCAAUUCUGCUUCGAAAUGUGCAAGUUGUUCACUAGGAAACGCUCGAAUUCUCUUCUUAUAAGUCACAAUUCUUGGAUUGAUCCCCCAACAUGGGCAUACGCAUUUGAGAACUCCCAGCACAGGCGGUCAGAAAGGACGACCGGGUGGUUUUUAAAACACCACAAAGUAUCACGCUGGUUAUCGCAAGUCACUCCUGAACGGACACUUUCUGCUUUAUCAGUUCAAGCGAUGGCUGCACUUAGGGCUAUACUGACCCAGCUCUUGCAUAUCUUCCGAAAGGAUGAUGCAAUUGUGGACAUCAUAACUCUACUAUGGGAUCAAAACAAAUCGGGGCAAGUGACUGCAUCUACUAGCGAGAUCGUAUCGGCUCUUUACCUACUCUCAUCUCGAGUUUCGAGGCUUUUCAUGGCAAUCGACUGGGCUGAUGAGUACCAAGAUCACGAAGAUCUCUUCGACUAUCUCAAAGAGAUAUCCCAGUAUUCAAACUCUGUUUUUGUCGCACUCUUCAGUCGUCCUACCCUGGCCAUCCCCCAAGAUUUGAGCUCCAUGCUUGAACACCUUGAUCUCACCUCGACAAUGAACUUUGAGUCACUUGAGACAUUCUUGCGGCCCAAGAUCCAACCGCUAGCUCGAGAUGGAGUGAUAUCUUCGGAGGAUAACAGAGAUCAGAUCGUCACACUACUUGCCAGUAGAGCCAACGGCAUGUUCUUAUGGGCUCAGCUUCUGGUAGAGUACCUCCUAUCACCCAAACUCUCCAUAAGGCAACGUCGUGCCGUGGAUAAAUACGACACAAUCCCAAAUUUUGAGAAGGCCCUGUCACAAAUGUCCGGGGCGCUCAUUGAGCUUGAUUCAGACAGGAAAGCUAGAUUCGUUCACUUUUCGGUUCUUGAGUACUUGACCGAUCGAUCUUUUCAAGACCAGUCUCAAGAAUCGGUGUCAAACUUCGUCAAGGAGCAGUCCCUAGCGCAACGAUCGUGUGCAUCCUGUUGUCUAGCAUAUCUGCUUUAUAGCAUACCAGCAGAGCCCUUAGGUGGAGGUCCACAGGUCGUUGCGGACUGCGACUUACAGAAGAUUCGAUAUCCUUUCCUUAAAUAUUCCGCGCAGUAUUGGGAUUUCCAUUUCUCUGAAUUUCUUCUCACAGGCGGCACAGGGCAAAACCACGGCCCUAGAGCUUUCUACGAACUUCCAGCUAAGAGAGCUACGGUCUUUGAACUGCCGACGAAAUUGUGA